AGUUACUGACCAGGAUUAGAAAGAGUAGCUGAGGAAAGGGAGGGGAGGAGUGGAGGCGACUGGGUGAAUUGCUGCUGCAGCCGAAGUUCACAUGGGACGAACUGGCAUAGUGAAUCCUGCGGUGGAAAGUGGGUAGCACCCUCUGGCCUCCUGCCCUCCAGUUCUGCAUCCUCCCCUGCCACGGGUUCCCUGCUGCUGUCCUAGUGGGGGCUCUAAACCUACCUCCCAUCCCUGCUCCUCCUCCUCCUGACUACCUCCCUCCCCCCUUCCUCCCGUUUGUCUCCCUCCUCCCCUCUUCCUCCUCUUCUUCCCCCUCCUCUCCUACACUUCUAAGGGUUCCCAGCUAAUGCUGUUGCUGCUGCCGCUGCCGCAACUGCUGCCACCGCCACCCCUCUCUCCGGGCAGAAGAGCAACAAUAACACUUUCUGGCAACCGAGCUCACGCCAGAGAAAUAACUCUUUGCAUUAGAUGGUGUUGCAUUGUCUCCCUGGCCGACUUGCAAACCGUGCAGCUGUGGCAAGAAUACUUUGCUUUAAAGACACUCAAAUGGAUGAAUAACUCCAUAAUUAAAAAUAAUUGAAGUUCUCAGAUCCGAAGAAGGGGACUAUUUAGGUGUAAUAGUGGUGCAUUUUGCGCCUUGUAGUGAGUGGUUUUAAUUUAGAGGAAAGACUUUAGGGGGUUAUCGCCAUGAACUUAAGGAGCUGGGUUGUGUUCUGGUUAUUGCUGCUUUUUGAAAUAGAAAGAAAGCAUGCACCUGUGUGUGCUGUGGAAACAGCAGCUGGCGUUCCUGGAAGCCAAAACUUCCCGCAUCCCUCACUGCACUCAGAGCUAGCGGACUUGGUGGAAAACAGUGAAUAUGAAAUUGUCUCAGCUUAUGAAGUACACCCAAAUGGAGAAUAUAUGACACGUGAAAUUAUGCACCAUCAAAGGAGAAAGAGAUCACCUUCUCAUCUAGGAAUUGAUUCUCUUCACCUUCGGCUCCAUGGAUUUGGACAUGACUUUCACAUGGAUCUUAAAACUUCUGAUGGUCUAAUAGCUCCUGGAUUUAUGGUACAAAUGUUAGGAAAGAAAGGCACUAAAUCAGUACAUGCUUUCCCACCAGAGGAAUUCUGCUUUUAUCAAGGCUCCUUACGAUCCCACCAGAACUCAUCUGUAGCACUUUCAACAUGUAAAGGUUUGUCAGGUCUGAUAAGAACCCAGGAAGCAGAUUACUUCUUAAAACCACUUCCUCUGCACCUAGCCCUUAAACUGAACUAUUCAGCACCUGGUGGACAUCAUUCCCAUAUACUUUAUAAGAGAUCCAUAGGAGCCCAGCCUCAUAGUGAUAAUGAAAUCAUGAUGAUUGAGAGGAAAAGAGAUCUGGAGAAACACCACAGAUUAUAUCAAGAAAACCAGCAUCUGCACCAUGGAUUUAACCUCAAUCACCCACAAAAGCAGCAUUUCUGUGGAAGGCGCAAGAAAUAUAUGCCAAAGCCUCCCAAAGAAGAUCUUUUCAUCUUACCUGAUGAAUAUAAGUAUACAUUGAGGAACAAACGUUCUCUUCUGAAAACUCACAAAAAUAAUGAACUGAAUGUGGAAACUCUAGUGGUAGUUGACAAAAAGAUGAUGCAAAACCAUGGUCAUGAAAAUAUUACAACAUACGUCUUGACUAUACUCAAUAUGGUGUCCGCUUUGUUCAAAGAUGGAACAAUAGGUGGUAACAUCAACAUUGCAGUUGUGGGUUUGAUUCUUCUAGAAGAGGAGCAGCCAGGACUUGUGAUCAAUCACCAUGCUGAUCAUACCUUAAGUAGUUUCUGCCAGUGGCAAUCUGGACUGAUAGGAAAAGAUGGAACCCGCCAUGAUCAUGCAAUCUUGCUUACUGGCCUGGAUAUAUGUUCCUGGAAGAAUGAGCCAUGUGAUACCUUGGGAUUUGCACCCAUAAGUGGAAUGUGUAGCAAAUACCGCAGCUGCACCAUUAAUGAAGACACAGGACUCGGCUUAGCUUUUACCAUUGCCCAUGAGUCUGGACACAACUUUGGCAUGGUUCAUGAUGGAGAAGGAAACAUGUGCAAGAAGUCCGAGGGUAACAUCAUGUCUCCUACAUUGGCAGGACACAAUGGAGUCUUUUCCUGGUCAGCUUGCAGUCGCCAGUAUCUGUACAAAUUUUUAAGCACUGCUCAAGCCAUAUGCCUUGCCGAUCAGCCUAAGCCUGUGAAUGAAUACAAGUAUCCUGAAAAGCUGCCUGGAGAGUUAUAUGAUGCCAACACACAAUGCAAGUGGCAAUUCGGAGAGAAGGCCAAGCUUUGCAUGUUGGACUUCAAAAAGGAUAUAUGUAAAGCUCUAUGGUGCCAUCGAAUUGGAAGAAAAUGUGAAACAAAAUUUAUGCCAGCUGCAGAAGGCACUAUUUGUGGUCAUGAUAUGUGGUGCCGUGGUGGUCAAUGUGUGAAAUAUGGUGAUGAGGGUCCCAAGCCAACCCAUGGACAUUGGUCAGAUUGGUCUAGUUGGUCUCCUUGUUCUAGGACAUGUGGAGGAGGAAUAUCGCACAGAGAUCGUCACUGUACUAAUCCAAGGCCAUCACAUGGAGGAAAAUUUUGUGAGGGUUCCACUCGGACACUGAAACUUUGUAACAGUCAGAGCUGUCCCCAGAAUAGCAUUGACUUUAGGACCAUCCAGUGUGCUGAGUACAACAGCAAGCAAUUUCGAGGAUGGUACUACAAGUGGAAGCCUUACACUCAAGUAGAAGAUCAGGACUUAUGCAAACUCUACUGUAUUGCAGAAGGAUUUGAUUUCUUCUUUUCUCUAUCAAAUAAAGUCAAAGAUGGAACACCAUGCUCAGAGGACACUCGCAAUGUGUGUAUAGAUGGGAUAUGCGAGACAGUUGGCUGUGACCAUGUCCUUGGUUCUAGUGCCACUGAAGAUUCUUGUGGGGUGUGCAAAGGAAAUAAUUCGAGUUGCAGACUUUACAAGGGUCAUUAUGCCAAACACCACUACACGAACCAGUACUAUCAGAUUGUUACCAUUCCUGCUGGUGCCCGGAGUAUUCACAUAUACGAAAUGAACGUAUCUACCUCCUAUAUCGCUGUGCGUAAUGCCCUCAAAAGAUACUACCUGAAUGGCUACUGGACAGUGGACUGGCCUGGCCGUUACAAGUUUUCUGGUACUGUCUUUGACUACAGACGGUCAUAUAAUCAACCAGAGUCUUUAACAUCUUCUGGACCAACCAAUGAAACCUUAGUAGUAGAGCUUCUGUUUCAAGGUCGGAACCCAGGAAUUGGCUGGGAAUAUUCUAUCCCUAAAUUGGAAAAUGAGAGGAAACCAGGGUCAAAACACAACUACACUUGGGCCAUCAUCCGUUCUGAAUGUUCAGCUACUUGUGGUGAAGGACAGAUGACUACAAAAGAAGGCUGUUAUCGAGAUAUGAGACUUCAAGUAAACACAUCCUUUUGCAAUCCAAGGACUCGACCUGUUACAGGGAUUAUACCUUGUAAAAUGCCAGCCUGUCCUCCCAGGUGGUCAGUGGGGAACUGGAGCACCUGCAGCCUAACCUGUGGCAUAGGAGAACAGUCUAGACUGGUUCAGUGUAUGCAGCAGAUUCACUCUAAAUCAGAGGCUGUGUCCUCCACUCUUUGCCCUCAGUCAAUGCCUCCCAGCAGACAGAUCUGCAACACUCAGAGCUGCCCACCUGCCUGGAGUGCAGGGCCCUGGUCAGAGUGUUCAAGAACGUGUGGGAAAGGAUGGAAAAAGAGAUCUGUGACCUGUAAAAGCACAAACCCAUCUGCCCUGGCUCAGAUUCUGCCUGAUGCUGUCUGUUUCACAGAAACGAAACCCCAAACUCAAGAAGCCUGUUUGCUUAAACGCUGCCAUAAACACAAGAAAUUGCAAUGGCUCGUGUCAGCAUGGUCAGAGUGUUCUGUAACUUGUGAAAGAGGGAUACAGAAAAGGUUGUUAAAAUGUGCAGAAAAAUAUGUUUCUGGAAAAUACAGAGAACUGGCUUCAAAGAAAUGCUUACAUUUACCAAAGCCAAACAUGGAUUUGGAAAGAGAAUGUGCCCUGUUUUCAUGUCCCAAGCAACCGGUAUACUCUGCAGCAAGGCAUGCUAGGGGCACUUGGUACUCAUCCCCCUGGUCUCAGUGCACAGCAACUUGUGGAGGUGGAGUUCAAACACGAUCAGUCCAGUGCCUAGCAGGUGGCCGGCCAGCCACAGGAUGCUUUCCCCAGCAGAAACCUAUCAGCUCCCUAGCCUGCAAUACCCACUUCUGCCCUAUACCAGAAAAGAAAGAUACCUUCUGCAAAGAUUAUUUCAACUGGUGCUACUUGGUGCCCCAGCACGGAAUGUGCAACCACAAGUUUUAUGGCAAGCAGUGCUGCAGGUCUUGUUCGAAAUCAAAUUUGUAACUUAGGACUGAUUCCCACGUGGGAAAUAUAUAUAUGUAUAUAUAUAUAUAUAUUUUCAUCACAAGAGAAAAAGAGCUGCACAAUCUAAAUUGGGCUGUGCCCAAAUAAGAUAGACAUCUGAAGAAAAACUAGGCUUUGUUCUUUGACUUUGGGGUUAUUUUUUAAUGGGCCUGAACACACAUUCACACACACACACACACACACACACACACACACACACACAUACACACACAUACACAAACACACACAUAAAUGGUAUUACGAAUGGUUUCAACAUGGAAGCCUUCUGCAACCUUUUGCAGUACUAUGGCAAGAAUCAAACCUACCAUCAUUGCCAGCAAAAGGAACCUUUUCUAAAAGGAAUGAGCAAAACUUUGCUAAGGAGUAUGUUAUUGUUGUUUUUCUUUUAAUCUCAAAUAAAUUAAGGACAAAAAGGAAUAGGCCAAGUUGAACUUAUUAUAGUAUAUGUGGUGCUUUCUGAAGAAAAGAAAAAAAAAUCCAUGAAGAGGAGGACAAGCUAAGAUGAUCUACCAACCAGACAUAUGCAGUGCCUCUCCCAGCUGAUCUGUGGUCUCUUCCAGUUCUUCAGUUCUGGAACUCUUUGAGUCUUCUUUUUUUUUUUUUAAAGGGGUAGAUGUUACAAGAACAGAAGCUCUCAGGCCCACACGUCCCUCCUCCCCAGCUGCUGGUAAAUAACAGCCCGGAAGUUAGUCUGUUUGUUCCUCUUUCUGAAUACUGCCUCAUUGAGGAGCAAUAUCAAAAGUUCCAUCAGCAUACUUGAAGCACUUGAACCUGGACACCAUGUCUUGAUUCAUGCACCAGAUGUGGAAAGGGGGAAAAAUGAAAUAUCUCAAAAGGUGCUUCCUUCCCUUUCAGACUCAUGAGCCAAACAACAGUUUUCUUGUUUUAUUUUUUAUAUCUAUUUGUUAUUUACAAAGGAGCCUUCCUAUUUAAACUUAUUUCUUUAUGCUUUGCUGUAACAGAAAAUAGAGAAAGAGACAGAAAGGAAGAAAGAAAGAGGAGAAGGAGGGAGGGAGAGAGGGAAGGAAGGAAGGAAGGAAGGAAGGAAGGAAGGAAGGAAGGAAGGAAGGAAGGAAGGAAGGAAGGAAGGAAGGAAGGAAGGAAGGAAGGAAGGAAGGAAAGAAGGAAUUGUUCUGUAUCAUUUUUUAAAAUGUCUGGUUAUGCCCAAAUCCUGCUGCCCUUUAUUAAAAAAUUAUGAUACUACUAAAAUAGUUGUCUGCUAAAUAACCAACUUUCUAAAUCAUGUUUCAUAUGUAUGCAAGUUUGGGGGUUGGUUUGUUUUUGCAAUACCCAUUUAGAAUGAAUGCCAACAUUUCAUGAACGAAAAAGCCACACAUUGUCCUGUUUCUGACAUACUCCAUUUCAGUAUUGGUGCUGCCUUAAAGUAAUGUUCUUAUGGUGCAGCUCCACUUGUAAUGAGCACCUGAAUAUUUAUGUUUUCUGAAAUUUUAUAAUAAAAUUUUUAUUGUACUGUU